UCUCUCUCUCUCUCUCUCUCUCUCAUGGAGAGAACCAUCUCUCUCUCCCAUCUCCUCCCCUCAUCAUCUCCUUCUCCCUCCCCCUCCACCUCCGGCGCACAAAAUAGAACGAAACUAAGAACUACCCACAUCCCCUCCCCUUCUCCUCUUCCUCCUUCUCCUCUUCUCCCCCUCCUCACCUCAUCACCAUCAUCUUUGGAUUCAACCAAACAACUCCAUGCCCACAUCAUCAGAACCGCGCACGAAUCGGAUUCUUCGACUACUGCGGAUGAGUUGUUUCGAAUGUACCUGCAAUUCCACGAUCGCCGCUCCGCCGCUGCGGUUUUCCUCGCAGCUUUGCGGAGUGGAUCCCUGUCGUGGAGUUAUCUGAUCGAUUUCUUUGGCGGCGAUCCGCACCAGUUGUUGAGCAUCUUCCGGGAGUUGCGACGAUUACCUGUAGAGUUUAGCGUAGGUGUUCUUGUUGCCGUUUUACAGAUCUGUGCAGAGUGUUGUGAUCUGUUGUUGGGUUUUCAAAUCCAUGGAUCACUGAUUAAACAGGGCUUGGAUUCCGAAACCUAUAUCAAGUGCUCUGUGAUGGACUUUUAUGCGGAUUGUUGGAGUUUAGAAUCUGUAGAUAUGCUGUUUGAAGAAAUACCAGUGAAAGAUCCGAUUUUGUGGAAUAAGUUGGUUAUGUUGAAUGUAGAGAAGGGAAUGUGCUUGAGAGCGCUCGAACUAUUCUGCGAGAUGCGGCAUUUAGGUGUGGAGGCCGAUGAGGUCGCCAUGGCCAAAGUGCUUCAUGCUUGCGGAAAGCUCGAGGCUCUAAGAGAGGGGAAAGCAAUUCACGGUUUUAUCGUAAAAUCCAGGCUUCUAUCAGCUUUAUUGGUGAGUAACUCUUUAAUCAGCAUGUACUCUAAGAACGCCGCGAUAAAGCUAGCAAGAAGUGUUUUUAAGUCCAUCGAACGACAGAGUUUGGUUUCGUGGAACUCCAUGAUCUCUUGUUGCUCUCUUAAUGGUUUUCUUGACGAUGCUUGGGAGUUGUUUGAUAGUAUGGUUGCGUCGGGAAUCAAGCCUGAUUUAGUCACUUGGAAUUCUCUGUUGUCCGGUUACUCUCGCUUUGGAUACGAUCAUGAAGUCUUCGAGCUACUUCGAAUGAUUCUAAUGGAAGGUUUACGGCUGAAUUCAAGUUCCAUCACUAGUGUUCUUAGGACAGUUACCAACUCGGGUUUGAUCAAACAUGGAAAGGAAAUCCAUGGAUAUGUAGCGAGACAUGGAUUUGGGUCCAAUAUCUAUGUGGGGACAUCACUAGUUGAUAUGUACAUAAAAUGUCGCAAUCUAAGUAAUGCUCAAAGAGUCUUUGACACUCUGAAGAAUAGGAAUGCUCUGACUUGGAAUUCGUUGAUUUCAGGGUAUGCGCACGAAGGACUACAUGAUGAAGCUUUGGACCUUCUACAACAAAUGGAGAUGGAAGAUUUUCAGCCUGAUUUAACUACAUGGAAUGGUUUGAUCUCGGGGUAUUCGAUGAAGAGGAUGAGCAUGCAAGCAAUGUUAUUAAUUCGUCAAAUUAAAGUAAACGGUCUAAAGCCGAAUGUGGUCUCAUGGACUGCUCUUAUAUCUGGAUGUUGCCACAACGGGGACUACAAGGACGCUUUGUUUUUCUUUACCCAAAUGCAGAAAGAAAGAGUUGAACCCAACUCGGUCACUGUUGCAAGCCUUCUCCAAGCCUGUUCAGGCCUUGCACUGCUAAAGAAAGGCACGGAAUUGCACUGCUUUGCGAUGAGGAAGGGAUUUGAUACUGACAUAUUUGUCGCAACUGCACUAAUUGAUAUGUACUCUAAGUCAGGAGGCUUAAAGAAUGCAUACCGAGUAUUUCUUAUGAUUGCCAACAGAAACUUGGCUUCAUGGAAUGCUAUGAUGAUGGGUUUUGCCGCCCACGGACGAGGUAAAGAAGCGAUCUUGCUAUUUGAAGAGAUGUGUAGGUUAGGAGUCAUGCCCGACGGAAUAACAUUCACAGCGUUGCUCUCUGGAUGUAGACAUUCAGGGUUAAUCAAUGAAGGAUGGAAAUAUUUUGAUGAGAUGAAGAAUAGUUACAAAGUUACUCCGACUCUUGAGCACUAUACUUGCAUGGUUGAUCUACUAGCCAGAGGCGGGUAUUUAGAUGAAGCAAUGGACUUCAUACAAGGAAUGCCUUUUGAGCCAGAUGCCAGCGUAUGGGGUGCAAUUCUUGGGGGGUGUAGGAUUCAUAAAAACAUAGAAAUCGCUGAAACAGCUGUUAAGAAUUUGUUCAGAUUGGAGCCCUAUAAUUCUGCAAACUAUUUGCUGAUGAUGAGUUUAUAUGCUUAUGAAAACAGAUGGGAAGAUGCUGAGAAUGUUAAGAUCACAAUGAAUGCAAGGGGAGUGAGGAGUAGAGCUGGGUGGAGUUGGAUUCAGAUCGAUCAAACCAUUCAUGUCUUUGAAGUGGACGGGGAGAAGCCCCACCCAGAAAUUGGGGAGAUUUACUAUGAAUUGUACAGGUUGAUAUCUGAAUUUAGGAAAUUGGGUUAUGUACCUGAUACAAGUUGCAUUUUUCACAAUGUUGGGCAAAAAGAGAAGGAGAAAAUGUUAAUGAGUCACACAGAGAAGUUGGCAAUCACUUACGGGCUGAUCAAUACCGAUAAGAGUGCAGCAAUUAGGGUGAUAAAAAACACUAGAGUGUGCAAUGACUGCCAUAAUACGGCGAAGUUCGUGUCGAGAAUAUGCGGUCGUGAAAUUCUUCUCAGAGACGCAGCUCGGUUUCACCGUUUUGUGGAUGGGAAAUGCUCUUGUAAUGACUACUGGUGAGAAGAGGAAAUGGGGUGUUUCUGAGCAGGAGAGGAGAUGGUUUGAUCUCAGGCUCAUUAACUUCAAAGAUGUGAAACUUUCCUAGUGGGGCUCUUAAGUAGAGAAUUGAAGAUUGAAUCUUGAAUAGGUGGCCAAGGAGACUCCAAUUCUCCAAUUACAGCUGUGAUUGUUAGUUGGAAGUUGGCCAUGUGGAUAAAGAGACUGGGAAUUAAGUGUGAAGAUGAUAAAUUUAUUCAUUGGGUCCAGCUUAUUGAGGCACCCUCUAUCUUUUAGUGAUAUUGGGUCCAGCUUAGUGACAAGACCAUUGAAUGUUAUUGGUUUCCUGAGAACCUGCUUCUAGAUCUCAAUUAUUAGUGUGUGCUAAUCUUAUUUGGUGAGGAGAGUUCCCUUUCCUUUCAUUCUCUUUGCCUUUGGAAUCUGAUGUGAAAAGUAGCUCUCAAGAGCUUUCACUGUGUACAUUCCCCUUGAUGUCAUUGUAGAUAAUUAUUCUUGUAUAAGUUAUUUCUUAGUGUGAAACAAAUAGAGAUUUCUUUGUAAUCUAACAAAACCAUAGUCUAUUGACUCUAUUCUUGAUA